GUCCGGGAGCAGUGAGCGCACACGUCGCUCUCUCCACUACAUCGCACCACUGCGGUAGGAGAGGGGAAGACAGCAGCAGAAAGAGGGGGAACCUGGCAGGCACAAUCCACUUGUUCCUGCACGGAAGAAAUUAAUAAUAAUAAUAGUAAUAAUAAUAGUAAAAUAAUAAUAAUAAUAAAAAAAGAAAAAAAAAAAUCGAGUGCGCUGACUUUCCCACAGAGGAGGACUUUACCUGGAGGACGUACAGGACUGAGGCUCACAGGGCAGAUCGGUGAGAAAGGAGGAGGGAGAACUUUUGGCUUUUGUGUCUCCGUGAUUUUUUAUUUUUGUGACCACAUCUCCAUAACCUUGGAAGUCAGACCUGUUCGUUCCGAGAGAGGAUGGGACCGCUACUCUUUUCCAUCGCCCUGUGUUUGAGCACCGCUGUCCCGCAGCAUGUGGAAGCAGCAGAUGGUGAGGAACCAACUUCAGCAGGGCCUUGCCAUCCGAAUCCUUGCCACAACAGAGGAAUAUGUGAGAUCAGUGAAUUCUACAGGGGCGACACCUUCAUUGGUUAUAUCUGCAAAUGUCCACCAGGAUUCAGUGGCGUUCACUGCCAACACAAUAUUAAUGAGUGUGAAAGAGACCCAUGUAAGAACGGGGGCGUCUGCACGGAUCUGGUUGCCAACUAUUCCUGCGAGUGCCCGGGGGAGUACAUGGGGAAAAACUGUCAAUACAAAUGCUCUGGACCACUGGGCAUGGAGGGCGGUAUAAUCUCCAACCAACAGAUAACAGCCUCUUCCACCCACCGCGCUCUCUUCGGUUUGCAGAAGUGGUACCCGUACUUUGCACGGCUCAACAAGAAAGGCCUGGUCAAUGCCUGGACCGCUGCCGAAAACGACAGAUGGCCGUGGAUCCAGAUAAACCUGCAGAGGAGAAUGAGGGUCACAGGCCUAAUUACCCAGGGUGCCAAGCGUAUCGGCAGCCCGGAGUACGUCAAGUCUUACAAAGUAGCCUACAGUGAUGACGGGAAGACGUGGAGAACGUACAAAGUCAAGGGCAAAGAUGAGGAUAUGAUUUUCAGAGGAAAUGUCGAUAACAACGCGCCAUCAGCCAACUCCUUCACCCCUCCCAUUGAAGCCCAGUAUGUGCGGAUUUACCCCCAGGUCUGCAGGAGGCACUGUACCUUACGCAUGGAGCUGCUGGGGUGUGAGCUAACUGGCUGCUCUGAACCCCUGGGAAUGAAGUCAGGUCACAUCCAGGACUACCAGGUCACGGCCUCCAGCAUCUUCAGGACGCUCAACAUGGACAUGUUCACUUGGGAGCCUGGGAAAGCCCGGUUGGACAAACAGGGCAAGGUGAACGCUUGGACGGCUGGACACAGUGACCAGUCACAGUGGCUACAGGUGGAUCUGCUUGUGCCGACCAAGGUCACAGGUAUCAUCACCCAGGGAGCGAAAGACUUUGGCCACGUUCAGUUUGUUGGCUCAUACAAACUGGCAUACAGUAACGACGGAGAGAGGUGGAGUGUAUAUCAAGAUGAGAAACAGGGGAAGGACAAGGUAUUCCAGGGCAACUUCGACAACGACACACACAGAAAGAAUGUGAUAGACCCGCCCAUCUACGCUCGGCUCAUCCGGAUCCUACCCUGGUCGUGGUACGGGAGGAUCACUUUGCGUGCUGAAAUCCUCGGAUGCACAGAAGAAGAGUGAAAUCCUCUGCUCCAUCUUUCUGCCAUCCUCCCUGGUCCUUGGGAUGCUGGGAUAUCCCACCCAGUAUUACAAAAAUAAACUGUGCAACCUGUAAAAAUAAAUAAAUUUCAAAUGGAUUUUUCAAGAAUAAGUGUUUGGUUGUGGUGGGUUGCUGUUUGUUCUUUUGUACAAUGGUUUAAAACCUGCCCCGGUUUCACUUUUGUCUUUUAAUUUCCUCUUUAAAGCGUGAUCUUUGUCUUUUUAUUCUACUCGAGAUUUACCAUCCUGUUUGGAAUGAACUGUAAUAUACAUGGGAGGGAUGGGGUGGUGGUGUGGGUGGAGGGGUGGGUGAGUGGGGUGGUUGGAAAGGGGGCCUCACUUUGGUUUUAACUUGUCACCAUGGAAGCUAUUGUACAGUGUCACUUUUUAUCAAAGAUGUGAAAUCUGUCUGCCGUGCUUCAUUGGACAUAAUUAACCAACAUCAUUUCAUGACUAAAAACUGUCUAAAAAACUGUCGGAAACCAUGUAGAAAUCACACGUUAUCACAUUAUCAAAUAUAUUUUUACUUUGAGUACUACACUUCCUCAUGCCAUGCUUUCACCCUAAUGGACAAUGACAUUACUCCAUCUGUCAAAACGCUAUAACUGAUCCUGUAUUAUAUGUAAAAGACUAAGAAAUUGCAUGGUGCGUGAAUUAUAAAUGUAUAUUACGACAAAUCAUUUAAAACCUCCAGCCCUGAGAGCAACGGCUAUGAUUUAGGGACCUAUUUUUAUGUGCAUUUUUAAAUAGUUCUGAAACAUUAAAAACACACUGCAAAAGCUUAACAGACAAUGACGGAUACAACAUGUGAGACAAUAAACUAAUACUGCAGUUGAAGGUAGUCAGCUACAACAGCACUGACACUGAGGCGAAUAGGCUGUCUCUAGCGCUAAGUAUCCAUCCUGUUUUGUUUUUUUUUUUUUAAUUAUCGCUAUACUUUUUCUAGGAUGUUUGGGAUUAUUGUUUGUGCUUUUUCCUUUAUUUUAAUUUUGUUGUAUUUAUUUCUCUGUCUCAGCUGUCAGAUCCAUUGAACUAUGUUAAAUGUCUUUGUGUUUGUCUUGAAGAUUUGAGUUGAAUCGAUU